AUGCACGAAAAAUGAGAGCAGUUCUUUGUGGAAAAUUUGUGGAGUUCUUAGAAAUGGACGCUUACCUUAUCUGUUCUUUGACGAUUACCACAUGGUGCCGUGAACCCAAAGUAGCGAACCCUCGUUUGUUUCAGCACGGAAGGUUUUGUUUGAAACUCGCAGACGUUUACGUCCCCUGUGCUUCGGACUUUAUGGUCCGACCUUAAGAUGGCGGUGCCCAUGAGUGUGGGUGCGUUACUGCUGUCAGAAAUAGCAGAAGACCCGCUGUACAAAGAUGAAGGGCUUUGUGUGCUGGGCAUCUUCGGGAAAAGCGCUAUGCUGCCUGAUUCCGCAAAGGAGUCCCUCGUUAACGCCCUGGCGGAUAAGAAUAUUUUCCCUCUAUUCGGACCAGAUCAGGCAGACUGUCCGGGCGGCGGUAGUUUUAUUCAGGCGUACUACAGCCAGGACAGUCGCGUCCUGUACCUGGUGCUCACUUCAGUGUAUGAUAACCGGCAGCUUCUCCGAGCGUGUGAAACGCUGAGUACUGGGAUCGGACACUCCGAAGCGCACGAUUUCUGGAAAGGGGCGGAAAAGCAGCACUGCUUACAGCUGAUGUACCUAUUCUCGUUGUGCCAUAUCCUUUUGCUGGUUCACCCUACGUGCUCAUUUGAUGUUACCUACGACAGGCUAUUUCGUGCUCUGGAUGCUCUGCGGCAGAAAGUGCUGCCGUUGUUGCGCGCUGCUAUUAAGGACUGUUCGGUGUCCAAGGAAUGGAAGCUGAACUGCAGGCCAUGCCCUCCACGCCUGCUUUUCGUCUUCCAGAUGAACGGGGUGUUGAAAGUCAGCGGGGGUGCUGGGUCGUCAGGAUUGAGCGGAAACUGCGCGGAUGCGCCCGGGGGAAGCUCCGAGAAGCCCAAAAAGCACUCGCCAAGGAGGCGCCUGCAGCACGCACUGGAGGACCAGAUUUAUAGGAUUUUCCGCAAAAGUCGAGUCCUCACCAAUCAAAGCAGUAACUGCCUUUUUACCGUUCCCGCAAACCAGGCGUUCGUGUACGUGAUUCCGGGGCCCGACGAAGAUCUGAUCGGUGCCUUGCUGGGGCAGCUGAGGGCGAAUUGCGCCCUGCGGGAAAAUGACACGGGAGUGUCGGUGCCUGGGAACAGGCGUUACCAGCAGAUGCGCCACGCUGCCAGACAGCCUUCGUUCAAUGUGGAGAACAGCAGCCUCUCUACCGCCGGCGGACAGCUAGUGGACUGCACCCUGAAGGAGUUUCUGUGGCAGCACGUCGAUCUUGUGCUGACCAGGAAGGGUUUCGAUGACAGCGUGGGUCGCAAUCCUCAGCCCUCUCAUUUUGAGUUGCCGACGUACUCGAAAUGGGCCCAGGUUGCGUUAAAACUCUAUCAAGUCUUGAUCGACAGCAAAGAGGAAGAGUCGGCUGAGCUGGCGAUGAAACUGCAAGGUCAGCUGAAGGUGUUAGAGGGUUUCCUUGACGCCGACUCCAAGUUCUCCGAAAACCGGUGCCAGAAAGCGCUCCCGCUUGCGCACAGCGCGUACCAGUCCAACUUGCCCCAUAACUACACUACGACGGUACAUAAAAACCAACUGGCGCAAGCGCUGCGGGUUUACAGCCAGCACGCGCGUGGCGUGGCCUUCCAGCGCUAUGCAUUGCAGCUGCAUGAAGACUGUUACAAAUUCUGGAGUAACGGGCAUCAGCUAUGUGAAGAACGGAGCCUCACAGAUCAACACUGUGUCCAUAAAUUCCACCUCUUGCCCAAGCAAGGGGAGAAGCCUGAGAUGGACCGGAACCCACCCAUCCUUUACCACAACAGCAGGGGGCGCUCCACAAGUUCCUGUAACUGUGGCCGCAAGCAAGCCACUCGUGAGGACCCUUUCGACAUCCAAGCGGCCAACUAUGAUUUCUAUCAAAUGCUGGAGGAGAAGUGUUGUGGCAAACUGGAGAGGAUCCACUUCCCUGUUUUUCAGCCCAGCACGCCAGACCCGGCCCCAGCGUCUAAUGAAGCUAGCAAGCCCCUUGAGUCGGGGGCAUCCGGGGAAGGAGAGAGGCUAAAGGAGAAGGAGACUUUGGGACAUACUCCUGGGGAGGGUACCAGCCUCAGCCUGGCCCUCAGUCUGGGACAUUCCACGGACAGCCUUGGGACGUAUGGGGAAGGGGCGGAGGGCCAAGAGAAAAGGCCCAGUCUAGUGGACAGACAGCCCUCCACAGUGGAGUAUCUCCCAGGCAUGAUGCACUCCGGUUGUCCCAAGGGUCUCCUACCCAAAUUUUCUAGUUGGUCUCUGGUAAAACUAGGCCCAGCCAAAGCCUACAAUUGCCACACUGGUCUGGAGCAACCUGGCUUCCUCCCAGGCUCCGCCUUCUUGCUUCCUUGGGACAUCGUGAUUCGCUGCCGUUCGGAGGAGGAGCCGGGACUUUCCGAGCCUCUCGACGGAGGCCCCUCCUCCUGGCCGGUCCCGAACAAGACGUUGGCCGGGAAGCGAGGGGGAGUCAGUGGGCUGGGUCGGGGCCGCAGACGGGAUGAUGUGGCCCGUGCCUUCGUUGGCUUCGAAUAUGAAGACGGUAGGGGGCGCCGUUUUCUAAGCGCCGGACCAGACAAGGUGGUGAAGGCUCUCGGCCCAGGCACUGUGAAAGAACCUGCCACACGCGUUCUUAAUUCCGAUAUGCCCCUGUACAUCCCCUCUCCCGCCCAAGGCCGCGGCCUGAAGCCUCACUAUGCCCAACUCGCACGACUCUUCAUUGUCGUUCCUGACGCACCUCUAGACAUUAUUCUCAACCCACAGGUCCAGCCGGGACCCCCUCCAUGCCCAGUGUUCCACCCAGAGCAGACUGAGCUGCUUCUGUCCCCAGACAGCUUCUGGGUACUGCGCUUCCCCUAUGCCUACGUUACGGAGCGAGGGCCCUGCUACCCGCCCAAGGAGAACCAGCCGCUGGCUAGCUACCGCGUCCUGAGGGGCGUCUUGCGUGCCAACACCGUCAGCCCCACACCCUAAUGGUCGCAGCCUUCCGGGGACCUGCCUUCAACCUACGCUCUUGGGAAGCCGGCAUAGGAGACUUGUGAACGUCAGCUGUGUUGGGAGGUUUUAAAUAGUUAAUUCCACUGUCCUUCCAGUUAGAAAAAAAAAUGUUUUUGCCUAAAUAGGUCCACUGAGUUUGUGUUCUGUGCUUAUACUUUGUUGAAUUGGAAUUUAAUAAUUAUGAAAGAUAACAUUGUGUGGACAAAAUUGCAACUACUGUUCUGUGGGAAAUAUCGGGUGAUUCUACACAGUAUGUAUGAUACAUAUUCUGUAGUCCAUGGCAUUAAGAAAAUUAAAUGCCAGUUUAUUUAAUUGUUGUCUUUAUCAAGGAUAAUAUGGGUGACCAAUUUUUGGUGAAUUUUUAGCACAUGUACAUUACUUUUGGAUUGUUUUAUGUGUUUAGAUUAAAAACCCUUGUUUGAAUUUA